CACUGUGCUGCUCGUAUGGCGGACUCUCCUCUUAACAACUCCUGGCCCUCCUUCUCCAAACUCUGGAUGAAGCGAUGGUCCUUCAAGAGAGCAUCAGAGUGCAAGCCAUGUAGUCAGCCCUGUGGGCCUCCCAGUGCCCAGCUCAGUGUCCAGCCUCAUGCUGCCAGCAGGACAGAAUCCUCCUCAUCACUAUCCCCCGCCUCCAUUGCUGAGGAUGUCUUCUUUGGUAGCACCAUUAAAGACCCGGAUGCGUGUUCAGUAGUCAGCGACUACGACUGCCCCUGUGUGGAGGUGAGCAGCAGUGUGGAGGACCUGCUGGGCCUCAGCUCUUCUCUCAGAGACUCUGAGUACUUUAAAGACCUGGAGGGAGGGAUACCGGCUUCACAGAGUACUGCAUCCACAGUAACCACAGUCCCAGAGAGCAAAACUCUGACUGUUGGCCUCCAGGUGUCCCUAAACACAGACAAUCCUGCCAUCAACCAGACUUCUUUGAGCACACACUCGCCUCAGGUCGCUGCACCAUCUUCCCCCUACUAUAUACACCCUGCAGAGGAACUUCAUCAAAACUUUGUGGUCACUCAGCUCAGUCCGAAGAUAUUGCCGGGUUGUAUCAUUGACAGCGGUGACUCCUCAGGCCCUGCUGUAGGGCUCAGCUUGACUAUUAAUCUGAAUGGACUGUUGGGAUCAAUGGAAACAGCAAAAGGAAUAACAGGAUCAGAGGAAGUAAAGGAGCAAGCCACUAUGGAUUUAGACCUAGAGCCAGACCUGGAUAGCUUUCCUAUUCUGGUCAGAUCCAUGUCAACGUCUCGGAGGCACAGCUGGGGCAUGCCCGUGUCCCCCAUCAACCUGGGGAGGAGACUGAGUCUGGACACCAUGGCCAUGGACAGCGAUGGAGAGAGAGAGGAUGAUGAGGAGGGACAGUCCAGCCAGCAGCAGGACUACAGCUGCACAGAUUGUCCUGGAGACGAGACAGAUGGCUCCAGGCUGAGGGUCCCCUGUCCAAGAUCCAGGGUCACUAGCAUGGGCUUUCAGGCUGGUGGCGUGCCUGGCAGGCAUCUGUACUCCCGCUCAGACAUCCUCGCCACUGACGAAUGUUCCCGUGCUGCACACAUUUCUCGUGUUGUGCAGACAUCCAAACAGGCCGCCAUGGCAGCAGGAGCAGAGGAGUUUGACCCUGAAGAAAACUUACAUUCUACUGAAGGACAGAGCCAUAUGCUGAUGGUACAAAAAGUCCUGCAGGAGCUAAAGCUGUACCAUGGAGCGAAACAGAGGAACAACAGAUCAGACUCCAAAGUUGCAGGAAAUGUCACUUGGUACGAGUUCCUCUCUAAUGAUAAUGAAGAAGAGGAGGAUCGUUCAGAGAAGGUGGAGAAAGGCACCAAGGUGAAGAGGACUCUCAGCUCUCUGAGGAACAGGGUGACUGGCUCCUUCAAUAAAGAUAAGGGUAAGAACCGAGAAAAAGAGCAGCAAAAAGAGAAGGAGAAGGAGCGAGAGGCCAAAGAGAAAGACAAAGUGUGCGGCAGGAGAAUCAGCAACGGGCAUUUUUUGGUGCCAGGUGCUUUUUCCAGCUGUGCUACCUGCUCACUGUGCAGCAAGACCCUGCAGAGAAAGCAUGGCCUGCAGUGCAUGAACUGUGCUGUGAACGUUCACAAGAGCUGCAAGUCUCUGCUGGGUGAGUGCACCAGCACCAAGAAUAAGAGAGAUUCUCAACCGAGGAGUUAUUCAUUGGGAUCUCCUAAACUUGCGCUGAAAGACCGGGACAGAGAGUGGGAGCAUUCGGGCCCAGCCUCAUCACAGGCCCUGGAUGGCCACCCAGGUUUUCUCAGCACCCCAGGCAUGACCAUUAGUCCGUGGGGACCUAGCAUUCAGCCAACUGCCGCCCAUACCACCAGCUUCGCCGCAGCCUCCGGCCUUGGCCAGAGCCUCCGUAAACACAACCGCUCAGGAUCCCUCCCUGGGGAGAUGGAUGAGACAGAUGCUCUCCGCUCCAAACGCUGCAACGAAGACGCCAUUUCCCUCGCUCCCUCCACAACCGAGUCCAUCAUCGUUGAAGAUGCUCACUAUGCAGCAGUGCGGGCUGAUCUGGAGUCUGAUGCCCAGGACCUGGAGGUAGAGUCAUGGAGUUUGGCGAUGGACCAGCAGUAUGUUAAGAAGCACACUAAAGAGAUGGUGAAGAGACAGGAUGUGAUUUAUGAGCUGAUGCAGACGGAGAUGCACCAUGUGCGAACACUGAAGAUAAUGCUGUGUGUGUACGUUCGGGAGUUGAAGGAGAACCUGCAGAUGGAGUCAGGCAGGCUGGACUGUCUGUUCCCCCGUUUGGAAAACCUCCUCGAGCUUCACACACACUUCCUGUCUCGUCUCAAAGAGCGGCAGCGAGAAAACCUUGUUUCGCCCAACGAGAGGAACUACACUAUCAAUAGAGUGGCAGACAUUCUGAUCGCACAGUUCUCAGGUGAGAUAGGAGGGAGGAUGAAGGACAGCUAUGGAGAUUUCUGCAGUCACCACACGGAGGCUGUCAGCUUCUACAAAGAACAGCUGCAAAACAACAAAAAGUUCCAAAACAUCAUACGGAAAAUCAACAACCUGUCCAUUGUGAGGAGGUUAGGAGUGACGGAGUGUAUUCUGUUGGUGACGCAGCGCAUCACCAAGUACCCAGUACUAGUGGAGCGCAUUGUGCAAAACACUGAAGCGGGUACAGAGGAGCACGAGGAUCUGACUCGGGCACUGGGUCUGAUUAAAGACACCAUCGUUCAGGUCGACGGACUGGUUAAUGUCCACGAGAAGAACUCUCGACUCCGAGACAUACACAACAAGAUGGAGCCAAAGGCACUGGGGAAAAUCAAAGACAGCCGAGUGUUUGGGAGGGAGGACCUGGCGCAGGGCAGGAGACGGCUGCUGCACGAGGGCACAGUCAACUGGAAAGCUGCUUCUGGCAGGCUCAAAGAUAUUCUUGCAGUGCUCCUGUCAGAUGUGUUACUCUUGCUACAAGAGAAGGAUCAGAGAUAUGUAUUUGCUACAGUGGAUAACAAGCUGUCAGUGAUCUCCCUUCAGAAGCUGAUUGUUAGGGAAGUGGCCCAUGAGGAGAAAGCCAUGUUUCUUAUCUGUGCCUCCUCCAAUGAGCCAGAGAUGUACGAGAUCCACACCAACUCUAAGGAGGAGCGAAACACUUGGAUGGGACACAUACGGCAAGCUGUUGAGAGUUGUCCUCAUACAGAAGAGAGGCUGUUCAGCGAGGAGGAAGAGGCACGAGCUUUCAGGUUCAAAGAAUUUCAAGAGCGGCUGAGCCAGAAGGAUGCAGUGGUCGUCCAGGCUCUUACUGAGAAGUUGCAGCUUUUUGCGGACAUGGCAGAGUCUGUGGCAGGUCUGGAGGACACAGCUUCACGUUCCAGACUUCUGCUUCGAGGAGACGCCUCAGACCUCCAGCAGGGGGAGGCCCUGCUCAAAGGAGCUAUCACUGAGGUGGAGAAUCUCCAGAACCUGCUGCAGUCCGGAGUGAGGGAGGAGGCUCCGACCUCACGGAUGGAGGAAGGGAGCGGCUCCGGGGUUCUGCCCAGGCGAGCGGAUACUUUUGGGGGCUAUGACAGCAGCCCGACCAUCCUCAGUAAGAAUGGCAGUGUGAAGAAGAACUUUUCUGGCGAGUCCAGAAACAGAGACAGAAGCCAGAGAGCCAGCUCUGACCCUCAGCUCAAAGACCACUGUGGCAGCCACACCCUGGAGCAGACGGUUGAUGAGAGCUGCUGCUCUCCUGCCAGAUGGAACCGCAUCUGGUCCAACUCGUUCCCCGAGGCGGAGUUCUUUGACAGGGUGCUGAUGCUCUCCCAAAGGCUCUAUAGUCUGCAGGCCAUCAUAUCCCAGCAAGACAGUCACAUUGAGCUGCAGCGGGCCUCGUUGACAGAGCAGGCCUCCCUACCUGGCCGCCACAGAGGGAACGUGUUCCUGGAGCAGGAGAAACAGCGGACUCUGGCCCUGCAGAGAGAAGAGCUGGCCAGAUUCAAUAAGCUGCAGUCUCAGCACCGGCAGGAGCAGCAGCGCUGGGAGAGGGAGCGGGAGAGGCACCGGCAGCAAGUUGAUGCCACUGAGGCCCGGCUACGACAAAGGGAGGAGGAGUGCAAACGGCUGGAGGAGCAUCUAGCAGAAGAGAGGAAGGAGCUGGAGAGUCAGAGGGAGACGUACCAGCAGGACCUGGAGAGGCUGAGAGAGUCCACCAGAUCUGUGGAGAAAGAAAAGGAACGCCUGGAACACCAGAGGAAGAUCAAGAGGAAGACUAUUGAGGUGGCUCCUCUGUCUGGCAGUCUGAACGGGGAGCUCCUCAUGUCCUCCGGCCUCAACACCUCCACCAGUGCCUCUGACCUUCCCCUCCCCCCGAAGCCCCUGGUGCGUGCCAGCCUGUCCGUCGCACCGGCCGACUAUCCAGAGCGCCCUGAAUUGAUGCUGCGGCGGGAGGCGAGCUCUUCCACCCUGCCGCUGAAGACAGAGGUGCCGCUUCAUCUCUUCAGCACCACCAACCAGCAGCACAAACUGCUUGGGGUGCAGCAGCAGAUCCCCACCAAGCUGGCUGCGUUCAGCGGCGGCAAAGGGAAAGGAGGCAAGAUUGGUAAAGCCUCACAUCGCACUGACAGCACUGCCUCAGUGGAUAUGAAGCAGAUGCUGCCGCUGAAGCUGUCCGCCCGAGACGACAACGCCCUCAAGGCCAAGCGCUCCAUCAGCCCCCACCAGCAGCUCCCGCUGUCAGCCCCUCCUCAGCCUCCUCUUCCCCUGCAUCACCACGCGGAUCAACUCAGUCCUCCAGACAAUGCUGGACCAGACACCCAGCCCACCUCCUCCAUCAGCACCUCCCACCCUCCAAAUGUUCAGAAGCCCCCCAUGCCUCCUUCACAGCCCUCCAUGCAGCCUCCCGCCAUCCCUCCCCACUCACAGAGCACCGGCUCCCUCCAGUUCCAGCCCCAUCUGCAGCCGCAGGGCCUCAGUCCCAACGCCCAGGCCCAAGUCCAGGUAAAUGUUCACGGGCUCACCCACAGCCACAGCAUGCCACCACCUUACAAGACCGCCACAGAAGACCUGAAUAAAGAGGACGUCAUCUUCUUCUAAAGUCCAGUCUGCUGAUCGCUAAAACAAAAAAGAAAAGAAUCAUGGGAUAGUUGCUGGUCCCAAAUCAACCACGUCUCCCAUUCCAAGGAACCACUUGCAUGCAAUACGGUGAUGUUGAUGGUAUGUUUGGUGUGGGCACUGGGCAGGUGUGUUGUUAUUGAGGGUUUAUAAGGUGAGAUGGUUUAAAUAUCUCUACAAAGUUGCAGCAAUCCAUAACAGAGAGCAGAGCCUUUGUCAGCACUUCAGUGGUUCAUAAAGACAGAAAAAUGUUAUUCAAGAAAGAUGACAUUUCUAUUUUAACUCUGCUACCCCAUCUUUGUUUUUAAGAUGCCACAGGUACUUUUUAUUUAAUUUUUAGUUUUAUUUCUUAACACGACGACGACAAGUAUGAGGAGGAAACGUGUAUGAAAAAGUUCAAAUGAAGUUAAACCAAUCCAAAGACUUUAGCUGCGAGAGCUGAAAGGGGAUUUGACUGAAAGGAAUAAUGUGAAGGAAAAACGGUUGGAUGAUUUUCAGGAGACUCGGGUCAGGCUGGUUAGUGAAGCAUGAAAAAGUGAAAGGUGCAGCGACGGCGCCCUGGCCUUAACCAUCUGCUUCUACUGGACCUGGAACCACAAGAAAUGAUUCAACAGGAACUCAGAAACUCUUAAUACAGGAACACUUUCUGCUUGAUGUUUCGUUUGCACAGUGUGAAUACUCCAUUCCAGACUAAUGAAUGAACUCUUAUGGACUAAAUGUGGUAUUGUUUGGGUGUCAAAAUUGUGAAGGUUCAUUUCAUUUUGUUGUUCUUGUUUUUCCUAACCAUGCAUAUUAGAGAAGGCUGAACUGUGGGAUACACUUCUAGUGUUGCCACUGGUUGUAAAACCUGAGUUAAACUUUUGGCAAAUUCUACUGUUUUUCCAACUCAUGCAUACUGAGACAAACUCAGGGAUGCCUUUAUUAUGUCUGUACAGUUUGAAGUUAUGUGAGAUCAAUCAACUUUAGGUCUUUUCUUGCGUUUCUUUGGAGUAGCUCUGCUCAAAACCAGAGGUUUUACUAAUUUUCCUUGCAUUAAUAAUAUUUCUAAACACAGUUUCACUAGUACAUACAGUUGCAUUUUUGUUCUACCACCAUGGCUUUGACCCCUAACAGCAAGUUGAUUGAUAAAAGAUCACUUUUUUAAUACAGAAAUUAGUCAAUUUGAGUAUGUACUUUAAUUAAAUUAGCCUACAACCAUGAGAAUUUAAAGCUAUAUUUCCCAAACUUUUGGCAGAGCUGCUACUCACCCCAUAGACAUCCAUGAAAUGAGCUCAACUUUGCACCGUUCAGCAUACUGCACCCUGUAGACAUCAAAAAGGCCUCACUGAGUUUGUUACAUUUCACAGAAACUAUCCCUUUAAGAGAAACACAUCUGUUGCCAUUUAAGUGGAACCAUAGCUUACUGUACAAGUCAUAGCAUUCAUGCUUCAUGUUGUUUUAAGGGUAAAAUUAACUUUCUAACUGCUUAGGCAGAGAACAUUUUGGAUUAUAGGCUUUCAAGAGAACAUAAAUAAUAAUCACAACAAUUUUAUACAGAGUUGAUAUGCACUGAAAAAUAUUAAUAUCCAUCAUCAUGCUAAUAAAAAAUAUAUUUUUAUGAUUUUGCACUAGUCGAUCCAGUAGAGUAAAAGUGUUAUUUCCAACUGUAAACAGCUCAUACUGGAGCACGGUGUUAACACUGUUUUAUAUCUCUCAGUCUUAGUUAUUCUGAAGUGGCUUCACUCAUAUGGUGCACUAUAUUAUACAACACACAUUCUUCCUCCUUAAGCUCUAAUGUACUGAGUACUGAGUCUUUGAGCGACUCGCAGGACUAACGUGGCUAGAAAAUGUUAUCAAUUUAAAGUUUCAGUCCUAAUUUUUCACUCGUCAGGAAAUGAAAAGUUCAUGUGUUUGACACGUCAUGUUUUUGAAAGCUUGUGUCUCUGGACUUCAUUUUGCUGACUUAGACAGUACAUUUCCGAAUGGGUUACUCUUAGCAGAGUCGGUAUAACUUUGAGAUAUCUAUGAAGAUGUCAGUCUUAAUUGAGACGGUGAGGUCUCAUUGACAGUGUGUUUUAUGGAUUGCUGAUGACAUUUCAUUAGCUGGGUCUUAAAUCUCUGUGCCUGACAGAGAAGCGGUACUGUGACCGGGCGCCGUGGUCCUGCAGCAAUAACGACUAUCAGCUGUUGUCUAAAAUUACAGUCUUUAUCUCUCUUCACAGAAUAAAUAUGGAGACGUUCGUCUGAUUUUCCUUCUCUGUAUAUACGGGAGAACCCUUUAAAUCAUGACGUAGUUGACACAUUAAUGUGUUCAGUGUCUGGAGGGAAAAAAUGUUGGAAGAGCUUUUUGUCUUUGUCCAAGUAAGCUCGUCUCUGAAGCUGGCUGGAGUCUGAUCUGAUGUAUAUUAUGUAUAAUGUUGUACAUACUGUGUGUGUGAUAUCUUCUGCACCGGCGGCUGCCCUCUUACACAUUCUCGUAUUAGGAGAUAUUUGACGUGCAUCAAGAUGCAAAAGUCAGCCAAAAGUCUGUUUGUGCAUAUGUGUAUAUACACUUAAAAUACACAUGAGUGAGUGUGUGUGUGUGUGUGUGUGUAUGUACGAUACGGUAAGCCUUGCUUGGAUAGACUCGUAGCAGUUUAAUGAAACCACAAUCAGUCGUUGCUGUUGAACUGAAAAUGAAGGUGUGCUUAUUUAAUCUCCUGACGUGUGUUGUUGAUGUUGUAGCAUUGAAGCUGAGGUGCUCUGUCUGUCUGUUGGUCGUCUUUCUCCCACCAUUCAUGAGUGAUGUUUCACCAAGAUUAUGUAGCAGUCGUGAAAACAAAAUCAUCUGCUUGUUUCAGUUGGUUAAACCAAAGACACAUUCGGCGGGGUUCCUGUCUGUGCUCUCGUAUGAAGGAUAAAUGACACUGCGCUGGUUGUGUGGUCGUCCACAAAGUGUUUUAAAACAUCCUCCAGGGACAGUCCAUAACCAGUGUGUUUACAGAACGUUUUAGUCAAGCUCAUAUUCUGCUUCAGGUCAAACGUUUGGGUUUGCUGUUUGUUUGUUUUUUCCAUCCUCACGUCCAGAUCAUAAAUAUCUCUUCAUAAUCACUUUGAAACCAGAGCAUACACAAACAAUGAAUCAAAUGGGGCAUUGAAGUUCCCCAGUAUUCUGGCUUAAAGUGGCAAAACCCAACUGUAGCAUCUGGAUUUUUCAUUAUCAGGAUAUGAGCUCAUCUGAUAGAGAAGAUAUUGUAUUUAUAUACACCAUCUCUUAAACGCAACAACAAUGUAACAUCAAUGUACAUGUGAGCCCCAUAAAAACCUGAAUAUUUUUCCAGACUUUUCCAAACAAAAUCCCAACUCAAUGUCCACUUACAAGCUUUUUUCCUCCCUGGUGCUUUCAACCAUAUCACACAGUCUUCAUCUGCAUAGUUAAUCCAAUGCUAAACUUAAAGGCCAACAUGGACAAGAAGUCCUAAAAGUGCUAUUGAUGAAAUCAUGGUAGCUAUUAAUGAAGACCAGAAGUCUCUGGCUUCUCUGGGAUAAUCUAGUCCAGAUUUGUCAAAUCUAAGUAUAGUGGUUUUUGAUCUGGACCUGGUCCAAUGUGAUCUAGAUGUAAAAAAAAAAGAAGUGAAAUGUAGAUUUCACAAAUUUGAGUCUAGGCUUUAAAAAGUCUCUGGGAUAAUGAAGUACAGAUUUGACAAGUCUACUGUAAUUAUAGUGGUUUUUGAUCUGGAUCUGGUCCAAUGUGGUUUUGAUGUGAAAAAAAGAAGUGAAAUCUCCCUUUUUUGCAUUUUCACAAAUCGAAUAAAUGUUCCACAAAAGCCAUUAAGUGAAACUUGAGUUGGGAUUGUUUUGUCAAACUAAUAUUUUGAAAAGUAAAGAAUGACCUUUAAUGCCUGACUUUUCAACACAUUCCCAUGUCUGUCCAUGUUCCUGUAUUUCCAAGUGUCUCCUUUAUUCUGAGUGAGAGACGUCAGGCAGCAGGAAAAGUGGUGUAAGAGCACUUUAGUUGUGCUCCAGGUUCGAGACUUUUAGUGAACCUCGACAGAGGAGGUGGGUGCUGCCUUGUUUGAAUCAACUCAAAGUCUUAAAUGUUCUUUUGCUUUACUGAAAUGUUUAACAUCUUUACUCUGUUUUAAAACUUGGAAGCCAGUCAGUCACAUCACUGUGUGUGUCUGUGUGUAUCUGUGUGUGUGUGUACGCUCGCCACCAAAAACACAGCGGAAACAUUUCUAACCGACUUGUUUCCAGUCGUGUUUUUAUAAAUAUAUAUAUAUAUAUAUAUAUAUAUAUAUACACACA